AUGAUUCUAUUAAAACACUAUUCAGUUGAUGGAACUCACUGCGUUAGUGUGCCAUCGCGAUUCUUCCGUGUCGAUCCCACCGAUGGGCCCCAUCAGAAACUAGAUCUGAAUCUUUGCUUUGAGUUGUUUACCACCGAGGAAACUCUAAGUGCCCAAAGUCCCUGGUAUUGCAAAGAGUGCACAGAGCCCAGACAGGCAUCCAAGAAAUUGGACUUUUGGUGUUUACCUGAGGUCCUCAUCAUUCACCUAAAGCGAUUCCGUACAGUGUUCCCUAUGGAGAAGAUCAACGAAUUCGUGGAUUUCCCAGUAGAAGGCCUUAAAAUACGUAACUCAAGGCAAGAGGAACACACCUAUGACCUCGUUGCCGUCAGCAAUCAUAUGGGUGGACUCUUGGGUGGACACUACACUGCGAAGUCCUGUGGUAUGUCCGUUUCAUUUCGAGCCCUGUUGUUCCCUUGA